AAAUGUCAGAAAAGUAAAUUGCUUACAAAUAGUUUGUAGAGCAUAAGGCAAAAUCUUAAGGAUAAAAAGCAAGGUUUUUAAAUGACAAGGAGGAUUCAGCACAUCCUUCAUAGAUGAGAAAUGCAUAACGGUUUUUGUAAUUAUUAAUAUCUAUUAAGCCAAGUCGUAAACCAAAAACUAAUUAAGAGAUGAUAAUGCUUCCAUAGCCAUCAAUUUAAUAUGUUUAACCAGUAUAAAUAAAUGAAAGAAUUAUAUUAGUAUGUUCCAAAACCUACUCCAAUUCCUGAAGCUAUUAAAUAAAUAGAUAAAAAGAUUAAAGCAUAUAAGAUGCUAAUGGAGAGAGAGAGACUGGAAAAACUGAGAGCACAAUAAUAAUAAAUAGAAAAUGAGGAUGAUCAAAAGAGAGCCUUGGAUUUUAUGACAAAUCCUUAAAUUGAAAUGUUAGAUGAAACUUAAUAAGAAGAGAUGGAAUCUAUGAUUUAGGAACAGAAAUAAUAAGAAAUUAUAGUAAAUCGAGAUGAUAACGAUAAAUGUACAUACUAAGAGGCAGUAAAAAAGAGAGAAAAGAUAUAUGAUCAUACUUUAUAAAGAAUGUAUGAGAAAAGAUAGAAUCCAGCAUUCUUUGCAGUAAAUUAUAUAUUAAGGCUAUUUAAAGAAAUUAUAAAAGAAGCCUCCUCUAUUGAACAUUACAGCAAGGAAUAAAAUUACAAAAGGUCAUGGAAGGAUUGAUCCUGAAGAACAUAGAUUAAGGGUUUAUAAUAGAGAAAAUGUACCUAUUAUGCCAGAAUUGAUUAUUCCAUCUUUUACAAUUAAAAAAGAUUAGAUGGCAAAAAAUAUAUUAGCUUAUUUGGUAUUAUAAUUUGACUUAUCUCAAUUAUUUAGAAAGAAUACACUCCUUUGUUUAGAGGAUAUAAAAAUUAUGAAUAUCCAAAAUGUGUUUAAAACAUACUCCAAGAAGAAAUUGAAUCACUUCCUAAUUAAUGA